UAUUGUUCUCUUACUAUUCUAAAGUAUUGUUCUAUCACUAUUUUAAAUUAAAUAAAAAUGGGAAGAACUUUAAAAAUAAAUGGUAAAAGAAGAUCAACUAAACCAGUCGAAGCAAUUAGCGAUGGCCAUUUAGUUUUUGCUAGUAGAGCCAAUGUCACCAAAUUUUUGUCUUCGCCUAAGUCGUUGUUCGGUUUGAAAGAGUCAAGAACCGGUUCGUCCGAGCCAGGUUUUUCACAAGAAGCUCAGGAUCGUUAUAACUCAUGUAAGCGUGUUAAGAUCGCCUCAUCAGAAGUAACUGCCCAAGCGACCCCUGACGAACUUGAAGUAAAUUUUGGAAACCCCUCAGAUGAUCAUUUUGAGGAGGGGCAAGAAGAUUAUGGUGUCUGGAUCGAUGACGAAUGCGAGGUGAAUCUGGACCCUAGUUGGAAUAUCGCCAAUCUGUUGCCCGAAAUUGAGCAAACAGCUGUUGAGAUCGAGGCUGAUCAAACGGUUAUCGAGACCAACAAAAAUGAUAAAGCCCCAUUUAGCAACUACAAAACCAAAAAGAUCAGAACUCACCUCCGGUGGAAAAACAUCAUGCCUCUUUUUGUCCAAGCAUACCUUGCCUUCUUGGAUAGCAACGGCUCGAUCCCUAGUAUGAAGGAUUGUGGUUUGGGUGACUCAAUUGAUUGUUUUUGCGCUGCUAAUAUGCAAAAAACUGCGUUGGUUGACUUGUUUUUCUGCACGGAGGUCCAGAAAAACCAACCAUUUGUUUAUUGCGGUAACUGCAAAUCCUUGCCAGUUGCCCUAGUUGAAGCUGGCAUGUUUCCUGUUUCACCCACGAAGCCAAAUGGGGCAGUCCAUUUUAGUCUUUGUGAUUUCUUCGUAAAGCUCAGAAUCAAUUUUGCUGGCUCUGCAGAGAAGAUCGCUAACUUCUAUAGUGAGCUUCUUCAACAAGGCGUUGCUGUUGAUAAGCAAUGUUUAUCAGCGGAAAAAUGCGCCAGCGCUAUUCUUUUGUACAGCAAGAUGAUAGAGCUAGCUGAACAGGAAGUAUCCAGGGGAACAGUUUCCACAUCAUGUCCUGCUUGUCCUGAGAUUGAUUCAAAAGAGAUUACCGACAAGCAGUACGUGAUGUUGGAUGGAAACUUCCGCCUUAAAGGAACAAAGUCUCUUGCGCAGAAUGCCGAGUUGGAGACAAUUGCAGGUCUCGAGGGAUACGGAGAGCUGUGGUUGAGUGAGGAUCAAGUGAAAGAGUUUGAGAAAACCGAUGACCAGGUAAACUUUAAGCGUCAUAUUUGUUAUAUCAAAAUGCCUGCUUUUAGUGCACCGCUGCUGAUGCUCUAAGGUAUACAAAACCCCUUUUCUUACAGUUGUUUUUGGGCGCGUGCAACUACACCACUCAAAUAAUUUUAAAAUUUGAUCUGAAAUCAGGCGGAGGGUCUCUUCUUAAGGACAGUUACUUUUAUUAGGGACAACCAGGGUACGCGCAGUC